CCGGAGCAGCCCUCGGAGCCGGCGCAGGGAGCCAUGGCCCCUGCGGAGCGGGAGAGGUACGUCCGGUUCUCGGGCCCGGGGGAGCCGGCGGAGGAAGAGGAGGCGGCAGGGCCGGCGGACGGCGGGCGCUGCGGCGGGGCCGGAGCCGCCCUGCGCUGGUGCAUCACCGGGGCGCUGUGCGCGGCGUUCCUGGGGUUGGGGAUGAGCAUCGCGGUGCUGGGUCCCACCUUCCCUAACCUGGCCGCCAACGUCGGCAAGAACGUCAGCGACAUCUACUACAUCUUCGUGGGCCGGUCCCUAGGAUACCUGGGCGGGUCUGUGAUCGGCGGGGUGCUCUUCGACUGCAUGAACGCCAGUCUCCUGCUUGCAUUAUCCAUGGUUGCAACAACGGUUGGUCUUUAUGGGAUACCCUGGUGUAAGGACUCCCUGCUGUUAACUGCCUUGAUGUCAGUUAUUGGAGGCUCCAUGGGAAUUCUGGACACAGGUGGCAAUGUACUGGCACUGAAUACCUGGGGAGCAGAGGCUGGGCCACACAUGCAGGCCUUACACUUCAGUUUUGCUGUCGGUGCAUUUGUGGCUCCAAUCCUGGCUAAAAUGGCCUUGGGAGGUUCUGAAUCUAAAGAACUUCCAGUGGUUGAAAAGACAAACCAAUCUGUCCUGAAGUCUGUGCCAACAGCAUCAGCUCCAUCAGCUACACCAGCACUGCAAGACCAUCUUGAGGAAGACUUUUUGUGGUCCUAUGUUGUCAUAGGGACCUAUCUUCUCUUAGUUUCCCUCUUCCUUUUUGUUUUGUAUUCAAAGGGCAGCUCAGCUCGAGACAAAUCAAAGACUUCUCUGGAGAAGGACAAGCUUGCCAAAUACCACUAUGCUCUAAUUGGUCUCCUGUUCACGUUCUUUCUUUUCUAUGUGGGAGCAGAGGUCACUUAUGGCUCUUAUGUAUUUACUUAUGCAGUGGUCUUUGCUGAGAUGAAAGAAAGUGAAGCAGCUGCUUUGAAUUCUGUCUUCUGGGGUACGUUUGCUGCUUGCAGAGGACUGGCAAUAUUUGGUGCUGCUUUCUUGUACCCUGGCACCAUGAUCACACUCAGUCUUGCAGCAUCUGCUGUCUCCUCUUCAGCCUUGGCCUUCUUUGCACAUUACCGAGCCUCCCUGUGGGGGGGAACUGCCGUGUAUGGAGCAUCAAUGGCUUCUGUCUUCCCCAGUGGCAUUUCCUGGAUAGAACAGUACACAGUCGUGGAAGGAAAAUCGGCUUCUCUGUUUGUGGUCGGUGCUGCGCUGGGUGAGAUGUGCAUUCCUGCUGUGGUGGGGUAUCUCCAAGGCAAGUUUCACCACGUUCCUGUGGUUAUGUACGCUGCCUUCGUGUCUUCUGUAAUGACAGUUGUACUCUUCCCAGUGAUGUACAAAUUGGCCACCUCUCCCCGUGAGAAUGACUUGAAAGAAGUGAGUGACAACGAGACCCGGAAAGCUUUGUUGUCAAACUCAAGGCUUACUGAGGAUGAAGAGGAUGAGGAUGAUGAUGAGGAUGUGAGAGAGUGGAACGAAGCAGACUUUGAGGUAAUAGAAAUGAAUGACAAGCUCAAAAACUCUCUGAGAGACACCUCCCAGAAGAUACCAGGGGACUCUCCAGCCCAAGUCGCUCUCCAGCCCCCUCUGGACAAUGUAUCAGGUGAUUCUCCAGUGGUUGCUGGUGGCUCCCCUGGGAGACAAAAUGGGAAUGUUGACUGGGAGAAGAGUGAUUAAAGUCAAAGCUGACUUUCUUUUUUUAAAAUGGAAAUUCGACCUGCAGCGAUGUGUCUCAGAGUGGGCAGGUCCUCAAUGAUGUGAAUGGGGUACCACGAUAAAUGUGUAGGCUACGCCGAAACUGUUAAAAUGUUAAGAGAUGUUUUCUAAGUGUGAGGCAUGUGUCCAAGUAUGAUAUGCUGUGAUAACUGGGAAAGAAGGGGACUGCUCAGACUACUCAGUUUUUUGGGAUUGGUGAACAGUGCAGGUCCAAGGUGCUUUGUCACAAAAUGUUUUCAUGAGAGAGGAGAGAGAACUGUUAUCCGUGAUGCUGAACUUUCUUACCUUGUGUAAGAGGAAUAUUUUUAUUGCAUUUGAAAGUUGUGUGUGAUCAGGAAAUCAGUUAAAAUUUCAGGUGAUGCCCGGUGGCUGUAAAUUGAAUAACCUUUUGGCAAAAUAUAUAGAUUCCUGGUUCUACUACUAAGAUGAGAAAAAACUGGAAAUUAUUUCUUGGGAGUGGAACCAUGCCUUUGGGUCACUUCAAAGCAGUUUAUGGGAAGAGGCACAAAAUGGGUCAUUGUUAAUCUGCUCUAAUGCACAACUCUGACUUAUUGAACAGUGGUGACAAAUCUAAAUAAUCUAAAAUAUUUGUGAUUUUAAUUACGGCACUACCACUGAAAUCAACAAAUAUGUAGAAGAUGAUAAAAUUAUCAUAGAAUCAUAGAAUGGUUUGUAUUGGAAGGGACCUUAAAGAUCACUUAGUUCUAACCUGCCACUAGAUCAGCUUGCUCAGAGCUCCAUCUAG